UACUUGUUUAAUUUCUGAUUGAAAGAAGAACUUGAUUUUGGUUCAAUUUUUUGAACACUAUUGAUUUUUCAAAAAUUCCACUUAACAUCAGUGCGAUUAUCAUGAUUUUAAUAUAUGCUAUAAACUUUUAUAUAUUGUUUCUUGUUCUCAUUCCAUCGACGCCUGCAGCAAAUGGGCAAGAGGUAGCACCAGAUAGCUUAUGGUGUGUAGAAGGAGAGAAAAAAAUAUUCUCACCUGUACAAUGUCCUGCUGAAACGACGGAAUGUUUCAAAUUCACAUGCACUGGGAUUGAAGAGCCAUUCACUGCACGUGGAUGUGGUCUUUCAGUGCUCCGAUCCGCUGCUGGCCUCCCAAACGAAUCCUGUCAUCAGGCCCAAUCGAUUUGUGAACAAGUGGGGGGAGUUUCGGGUUGUCAUACGUGUAAUAACAAGCAUAUGUGUAACAGGUUUUCCAAUUUUUCCAUCAUUUUUGUAAUAUUUUUGACAUUAUUUUCGGCUUUCAUGUUCACUGGUUUUAUUUUAUAAAUUCAAGCAUAAAUAAUUGUUAACUUAU